CGUGCCGCUGAGCGAUGAGGCUCUGGAUGCGGCAUUGAGGCUACUGGAGGAGCUCAUCGCUCUAGGCAGCCGCCUGGCUCCCCUGCUCCACUCCUCAACCUCCCCCAACACCGCCACCGCCACUGCCACCACCACAGCUAGCAGCGCCUCCCCCGCCCCUUCCUCCGGCCCCGCUUCCUGCUCCUCUUCCGGCGAGCUGGACGGCCCCGGGGCGCUGCUGCGCCUGCAUGCGGGCUGGGGUCUGCGGCCGGGGCUGCUGCGGCUGCUGCUGGGGCUGCUGAGUCACCACGGCGACAGCAUGCAGGUCCUGGAGGGGCUGCUGGUGGUGCUGGUGGAUUUCGGGCCCGCCGUACAACAAGCCAUCGCUGCCGUACCGCCGGCAGAGGCCGCCGCCGUCGCCGUACGGCUGUCGGAGGUACUGCAGGAGAGCAGGUGGUACGGCAACGACUGUACGACAGCGGAGGGAGCUCCGUCAGCGUCGUACGGAGUCCUUCAGUUGCAGCAGGGCGCAUGGUACCUGCUGGCAGCGGCGCUCCGGGGCAUCACCGCCGCCGUCGGCGAUGGCGUAGGUACGGCGGAGGCGGGUACGGCAAAUACGGCAGCAUGGAGGGCGCAGUGGCGGUGCCUAGGCCGUGUCUUGAAGGGCCUGCCGGACCUGCCUCGUCCCGAGGGCUGUGGCGGUUAUGUUCGCGCAUGUUGCACUGCGGGAGUUCGGGUGGCGGAGCUGCUGCAGCUACGGUUUGACGGGGCAGCGGUGGAGCGGGAGCCGGAGAGGCAUCAGCAGCGGCAGGAGCAGCAGCAGGGGGGCGGCAGGUUGGGAGGUAGAGCAGCUGGGGCUGGCAGU